AUGCGACCCCGCGUUCUGCAAGCGAAAACCACAAUAUUCCGGCGGCACCGCUCAACCAAGCACGGGUUCCAUGAUGCGGUGGUUGUCGUACCAGAGGUCAAACGCCCGCUGGAGGUGUCAUCUAUGGCCAGAUUGCCGACCAAAUUUGUCUUGCGCUCUUUGCUUUUAACAUCUCUUAUGACCUCGAAAGUGUUUCUCAAGCCCGCACUGGCCGUACUGAACGUCGUCACAAAUUCCAAGUCCGCGUUCCUAAACCCUGAUCGAAACCCAAUCCUAAACAAGCUUCUCCGGUGGACGGUCUAUGAUCACUUCUGCGCGGGGACGAACCGAGCGGAGGUAUCGAAGACGGUUGCGGAUAUAAAAAGGAUUGGUUAUCAAGGGGUCAUUUUGGGAUAUUCGAGAGAAAUCGUGCUGGACCCUAAUGAGAAGUUGGCUCGCGAUGAGACUGGCUCGACAACCUACAGUGACAAGUGCUAUGAGAUGGUGGAAGAAUGGAAAAACGGAACGCUCGACACUCUCAGCAUGGUUGGACCGGGUGAUUUCCUGGCUGUGAAACUUACAGGCGCUGGCCCAAUUGCCAUUGAUGGCAUGGCAGAGAGGGGCACCAUGCCCGAAGUCAUGGUGAAAGCCAUGGAUGAAAUCUGUAUCGCUGCCAAAGGACAGGGAUCACGUCUGUGGCUGGACGCCGAGCAGCAGGUCCUCCAGCACGGCCUGGAUGACUGGGCCAUUGAGAUCAUGCGCAAACAUAACAGAUCUGCUGCGCCACUUGUAUACAACACCAUUCAGGGAUAUUUGAAAGCAUCAAAAGCAAACUUCGACCGUCAUGUCACCUCGGCUGCGAAGGAAGGCUGGUCCCUCGGUAUCAAGUUGGUGCGAGGCGCAUAUAUUGAACACGAGAAACGUUCGCUCAUACAUGACACAAAAGAGGAGACGGACCAGUCUUAUGAUCUAAUCGCCGACAUGAUGCUCUGUCGAAGAAUGCCCAAGGGCGUCGAAAACCUGGACUUCCCCAACGCAGCCCUUUUCCUCGCCACCCACAACGCUGCUAGUGCUGCAAAGGCAAUCUCGACCCACCAAGCCCGCUUGCUUGCACACAAGCCAACAGUCACGCUUGAAUGUGGUCAAAUCCAGGGAAUGGCAGACGAACUCAGUUGCGAAUUGGUGCAUAAUUACGAGCGUGCUAUGAAGGAAUCCUCUGCGGUAAAUUUGUCGGUCCCUAAGGCUUUCAAAUGUAUGGCUUGGGGGUCGGUCGCAGAGUGCAUGCAGUACCUUCAUCGUCGGGCUAUCGAGAACAAGGGUGCUGUGGAGCGCACAGAGCAUAUGGUGACUGCUCUACGCCAUGAGCUGUGGCGGAGGAUUUUUGGUUAA